AUGAAUAUCCUUCGCCCCUUAUCUCCUCAUCUUCCUAUUUAUAAGCCACAGCUUACUUCGACGUUUUCAAUUUCCCAUAGAAUCUCCGAAGUUUCAAAGGUAGCAAAUGGUUCUAUCUUCUUUUUCAGGAUGUAUUCCAAUAAGAAGAAAAAGAUGAAAACUUUGGCUGAGAUUUAUUCCCGCACAACUCCCAUGCAUGAAUCUCCCUCUCUUGGGGUAGCGGAAGAAGGGCUAAGCCCAUUGUAUAACUCGAUAAGCUUCCCCCCCUUGUCCCCCUCUCCCCCCAAUACUUUGGGGAUACCCUCCAAUUCCAUUAUUCCGGCGCCUCCCCAUUCACCUUCUUCAUCGGGAAUGUCUUCCAUAAAUGAAAUUCUCUCUCCUUACACCGAAAGAAAGGUAUGUGAAGCACAAGGGAGAAUAGAGGAGGAAGUCUCAAGCAUUGCAAAUGCAAAUGGGAUCACUUUGGAUGAGGAAGCGCCUUUUGUUUUGGGACAAUGGGUGCACGGAGAAUCGUCAAAUCUGAAUUAUUUGACGUCUAUUUUAUCUGAUUUGAGAACAAUGAAAGAAAAAAGUCAAUGGUUUGAAAGUGCGACCGACGUGUGGUCAAAGAAAUUUUUUGUCCCGUCUCCGGUGGAGCAAUUCCACAUGAAUCCCCCACUGGUGGACUUCUCUUUAGGACUCUCUUUGUGUUGGCUGCUUUUGGUCUUACUUCUCCUUUUUUUAUUACUAAAGGUAAAAGGCGCAGGUAGCUUGACCGCCUUACCCGUCAUUGAAACACAAGCUGGAGACGUAUCGGCCUAUAUUCCCACCAAUGUGAUCCCCUUUACAAUAUGA